UUUUCAAACCCCUUCGAAGAUACUCAGUAAGAUGCCAAUCAUCAUGAUUAUGUAGAAUGCCCGUUCUCUUUCAAUCCAAUGAAAUAGCUUGCGGCUGCUGUUAGAUUUACUAGAAUAGCUCAGUUGUAAUCACACAGUGUUCGAUAUGGACCAGUACCUUGCAUCAACGCUUUCUUCCGGUCAACGGAAGGUACGCAUCUGCGAUGUCAAUCCGCACAUUGUGUGCUCGCUGUGUGCUGGCUACUUCAUCGACGCUACCACCAUCACGGAGUGCCUGCACACGUUUUGCCGGUCGUGUAUAGUCAAGCACUUCCAACUACAUAAGACAUGUCCGACAUGCAAUGAGAAGGUCCAUGAAACUCAACCACUGCUGACGCUGAAAUCUGACCGCACCAUGCAGGACAUUGUCUUUAGGCUGGUGCCCAAUCUGCAGCGAGAGGAAAUGCGGCGCUGUGAGGAGUUUUACAAGGCGCACGGUGUGACCACAGCUGGAGAUGGCCAUGCAUCGCGUAGCUCUUCUAAUGCUGAAGUGUCUACACAUAUACCGGUCAAUGAUGAAAGCCUGUCACUGAGAAUCGAGAGGCACCCAGAGUGGGAAGAGGAUUCACGUGUUUGCAAGACUGUAAAGCAGCUCUAUAUACGUUGCUCAUCACACACAACACUCCUCCACGUGAAGAAGUAUUUAACGCAGAAGUUUUCAGUUCCGCCGAUAUUGGAGGUUGAGCUGCUAUGCAAUGAGAUUGUGCUGCAUAAAGACUACACGCUCAAGUUUGUCUGGUUAGCGCAGUGGCAGAAACGAGACCCUCCUCUUGUCAUCCACUAUCGGCUGCGAGUGCAUGUGGGUUAGCCGCCGCCAUGUCUUGCAUGUUCAGUCAGAUAGCUGUAUCGCUUCUCUCUAUCUUGUUUAAAACUUUGGCUUGUACAUACGGUGGCCGCCGUCAUCUUGUGUGUAAAUAUGCUGCUUUUUGUGGAGCCGAUGAACUGCUGUAAAUUACUGUACAAAGCUGUGUGUGUGUGUGUGUGUGUGUGUGUGUGUGUGUGUGUGUGUGUGUGUGUGUGUGUGUUUGCGACUGCUAUCACUGGUGCUGCUGAGUGUCUACAAGUGCUUCUAAAUUAGAUAUGUGUGUUUUACUCGCUUUAGUGUGUCUCCUGCACCUGUUGAUCCUCCCCCCCCCCCCCCUCCCCGACAUGUCCGUGUUGGUGCUUUCCUUCGUGUGUUGUUAGUAUUUUGUUGACCAUGCUACUAUAGUUUGCGUAUGUGUCUAUUCAGCACAAGUGUACCCCCCCCCCCCCCCCUCUGCCGUACAAGAAUCCCAGGUUUAUUUCCAUAGCUACUCUUUCCGAAUUCCGAAUUCCACUGGUCAUGUACUCUUUCCUAGUCAAUGUGCUUCUUGCAGCAGCUGCCCAUGUACAACUAGUUGUUAUUACUUACAACACACGUGUGUGUGUGUGUGUGUGUGUGUGUGUGUGUGUGUGUGUUUGUCUGUGUCUGUCUGUGUGUAUGUCUGUGUCUGUCUGUGUGUGUCUCUUAGCUCUUAGCCGGCUUAUUGGUUUUUUGUUCCAAUACAAUUCCAUAUUGUCUUGGCUCAUGGAGCUGUCAGACAAUGUGUGAUAAAGAUC